GAGUGAGAUAAUGGGGAGCUCUGAUGAUGGAGCAACCGACAUGGAAAGAGAUAAUAAGGCGGUUGCUGGUACGGUGGUGGCCGAAGAAAGCAUUGAGGAUGGGGCACCUUGGGCGCUGCUCAAAGAGGAAGAAGCUGAGAGAGAGGGAGGCGGGCUGAGUAGUGGUCUAGGUGGGCAUGUGGCUUUCACGGCAGGCGGCAGGCGGCAGGCACGGAGAGGGCGCUGGUUUGGCCCGUUUGGGAGUGCAGUGUGUUGUUUAGGACUCCGAUCUGAGCAGCAGCGAGCAGACUGGGAGCAAGGCUGGGCAUGUAGGAACGGGGACUACUGA